AUGCCGAGUGGCAUCAGCAAGCGCCAGCAGCUGCGGAACGAGAAGACCCUCGCCGAGCUGAUCCGAACGGUCCCUGGCAAUGAUCGUUGUGCCGAUUGCGAUGCCUUGACCCCAGGAUGGGCAAGCUGGAACAUGGGUCUUUUCCUGUGUAUGCGGUGCGCCGCAAUCCACCGCAAGCUGGGCACACAUAUUUCCAAGGUCAAAUCUUUGACAAUGGACACCUGGUCUUCGGAACAGGUUGAUAACAUGAAAUCGCACGGCAACUUGCUCAUGAACAAGAUCUAUAACCCCAAAAAUGUUCAGCCACCUGUUCCGACCGACAUUGAUGAGGCCGACUCAUGUAUGGAACGGUUUAUCCGGCAGAAGUACCAGUACCGAUCGUUAGAGAACGGGAAGCCGAAGCCCCCGAGCCGGGACGAUGCCAGCUACACCAGGAGCCGUGACAGGAGAGAUGAGAGCAAAGACGAGAGGAGAGAGGAGAGGCGGGAAAGGCAAAGGGGCUAUGAUGACUACCACCGAGAUGAUAUCUCUCCUGAGGGCUCGCCGCCCCCGCCGCCGCCCAAGUCUGGCAAGUUCUUUGGGUUUGGCCUUCGAUCAGCUUCCUCGACAUCGAACCUGCGCCGAUUUGGAAACAAGCACAAGGAAUCGCCCUCGCCUCCUUCUGAUCAACGAUCCUGGUCCCCGCCUCCUCGCCAGAAGACCGGACUUGGUGCACCCGUUGCGGAUGUGACGACUGCCUCGUUCGAGGCGAAAAUGGCCGCACUGCGGGAUAUGGGCUUCAUGAAUGAUCGGCGGAAUGAAAUGGUCCUUCGCGGGCUCAGUGAGAAUUUGGAUAAGUCCAUUGAGACAUUGGUCCGACUGGGCGAAGGAAGCAAUCCUGUAUCACGGACCAGAACUCCCGCCCCGACCAAUAACACAUUGACUGCUGGGGCUACAGUGACCUCGAAACCGGAGACACCAACCAACCCAUUCGACAUGCCUACUGCGACAAACGUCAACACAGCCCCUCAGCAGGCCCCUCCGCAGUCACAAACUGUGUCAUAUAAUCCGUUUGACCCACCGAACCAGACACCACAGUCAGCGCGGCCUUUGGAAGCAUCCUUCCAGAACCUCCAGGUCUCCCAGCCGCUCUUCCCGCACUCGACCGGUGGAUAUCCAAGCCACACAGGCUUGAUGCCACAAGCUACUUAUCAGCAGCCAAUCACUCCGCCGGCCACGUCAACAUUCUCCCAGAGUGGCUAUGUCUCAUCGCCCCAGGCAAUGGACAACAACUACAAUCCGUUCUUCCAAACAGGAGCCCAGCCGCAGGGCGGCAUGGGUACGCAAUCGUUCCCCAACCCUAGUGCGCCACAAAAUAAUCCAUUUUUCAACACCACCUCGCAAAACCCUUAUAUGCAACCUCAGACACAACAGAAUGGUGCAUCGGUGCCAACAAUUGCGCAUCCCCGGCAGCCUCAGCAUGCAAACACCAUGCCGGCAAUUUCUUCAACCUCGCCAUUCGGCACCUCUCCAUUUGGCACAUCUCCUUUCGGACCAUCGCCUUCUUUCCAAACACAGCAGCAGCCACAGCAAUUCCAUCAGCCCCAACAGCAGACCCAGAGUGUUACCCAGGGAUCUUACAAUCCGUUCCAGGCAAUGGGACCGACCAACUCGCAGAGUGUAGGAGGCUACUCCAAUCAAUUCCAGCCUCAGCAGCCGCAGCAGCUGAUGCCUCAACACACGGCCCGCAUGGAUAAAAACAGCAUUCUCUCCUUAUAUAACGUUGCUCCAUCUCCCUCUGCCAUCCCUCCCAUCCCCGAACAGUUUCAGUCUCAGUUCCAGCCUAGCACGGGAAGCAGCCCCGUCCCCCCUCUUACAAAUUCCCUCAACUCUACACCCCUGACCCAGCCUGGCUCAAACAUCCAGACCCCCCAACCCAGCGCCAACACUGCUGCUACCGCAUCCCGCAACCCAUUCGGCGCUGCAACUAUCGGUUCGGGUCUGGCAGCUCAAGCAGGCGUGUCGGCCUACCCGCCCUCCUCAGGCUUGGGCAUUGGAAUGGGCGCCAACGGCACCAUAGCCGCUGCUUCGGCAAACGGCAUGAAUAUCUCGCCCUUCUCAGGCCCGCCACCGGUCAAUCAAGCCUUCCCAAGAACCCACAUGAGCCAGCCGAGCGUGGAUGUCAACGGCCUGCAGAACGGGCGCCACAGCCCCGAUGCAUUUGCCAGCCUAAGCGCGCGCUAUGGCUGA